AAUCGUUCGCGCGAUCGUCGACGAAAUUCAAUAUCGAUGUUGUGGCAAGCUCGUUCCUUGGCAACCUCCAGCAACACUGACCGCUCUUCAACAUGGCAUAAGCCGAAUAAGCCUGCUUAUACACCGUCUGUCGAACAAACAUUCUCGGAAGAAACGCCAGCCGGACGGUAACCGCGCGAUUUUCGCUAGCAAGUUGAAACUUGUCGCUGGUCGACCGACUCCGCAGACCCCGUACAUGAUCGCGGACAGACGCGUUUAGUCGUCCACGCCAACGAAGACAAUGAUUGUUAGACGAAGAUUGAUAUUUCGAUAGCUGUUAGCCGAAAGAAACCAAACGAGACGCGAUCAUGGCGGGAAAGGGUUUCUGCGUGAAAAUACAGCUAGAGCUACACGCUAUAACGUGUCCCGGUGUAUGGCUAUGCCCUAACGGGAAAGUAGCACUGCGAAUAAGCAGUCUUGGUUCCACCCUAGAAUCGCACAGAGUAUCACCGAUUUUUCCACUAUUAUUUCACAACGAGUUUAACUUUAAAAAAACUUUUACACGGCUGGCUGCUUUGACAGAGUUGCAAUGGAAUCUGGAGCAACAAUCCCUCUACGCGGAAUUGAUACAAUGGCUUAAUCCGUGCAAUCAACCCAUCCUUUUGGCUACCUUUGAGACCAGUUUAACGGAUGUUCUUUAUCCGGUAACUCAUUGCAAACGUUUACUACCUGGAGUUGAUGUCGACUUACUCAUGGAUCCUAGCAAAUAUUUUCCUGGUAUUAUAGCACCAAAAAUUGAAAUUUCGACAAAAACAGUGAUAGAAGAGGUGAAGACGAUUUACGAUGCCAACUUCGACCGUCCGUAUGUGAUAAACCCGAAAACGGUCGACUCAAAGCGAAAAUCCUACGCUUACAAAAAGCGACCGACUAAAGGCAUUAUCAGGCAGAGAAAAGUUUGUCACAGUCGAGGAAAGACAAAAACCCAAGUUUGCGAACCUGCACGGUAUCAAUGCAAAUCGUGUAACGAUGUAGAAUAUUCGCAUCAAAAAGAACUAUCUGGAAUCAACCAAUGUUACCACCCGAUAAAACAAAAAUCAAAGUCAAAAGAUCAAAACGUUGACGUCGUUAUUGAUGCAGAUUGCAAUAUGCCGCCAAGAUAUCAUCGAGUUUCCUCUGUUUGUGGCAACUUACACAUCUUCGACAGUUGCCCUGUCUGUUUCAAAUAUAAAUGUUAUUUCUCCAAUGAAUGUGACGAUAACUUCCAUGACAGAUCGAUCGAGAAUUCAACAAACUUGUAUGAUUACCAACGUCGCUGCUAUCGUGCUCGUUCAUCGAACGGUCACUUAGCAUCACGAGAUCUAAUUUCUAAGGAUUUGCGGCCAACAGCUUCGACUUAUCUCUCAGAAGGCAGGGUAAAGUCGUGUCACGUGGAAAGGGGGCAUAAAUAAACGCGUAGGUUCGAUACUAGUAAAUCGUUUUCCCUAGUGAAACAAAAUUGUCAAGAAGGAAGGAAGGAAUAAAGAA